AUGAUAGAACUUGUAACAGACACACAGCAGGCGGUAGAAAGAGCUAAGGCGGAGUUAAAGAAACGGAAGCUGGAGGGUGGACCAGUCGUGACGUUUGAGGCAGAGGGACAAACACGCCCAAAGAAGUCAAAGAAAAAAAUGCAGGAGUACGAGCAAACUGAGUGGAUUGAUAUUCGACCAGUAGGGAGUACGGCUCAUGGUGGGGUCAUUGAAUUUAACAUUUCGGGUGCAUCAACACAUUAUUUAGACUUGAGUAGAACUCGUCUUUUAUUAAGGGUAAGAAUUUUAAAUGAAGAUGGUUCUCCCCUGAAGGAGAAAGAAAAAAUUCAAGAUGCAUCAACAGAAGACCAAUAUAAAGAGGCAAUCAACAAUGAUUGGAUUCUAGACCAUGGUCUUGCUCCCCACAAUUUGAAAAUGGAAAGAAGGGAUGAGAUUUUGAAAAUUCUUUUCAAGAAUGAGAUAUAUUACAGAGUGCACAGUGAAAUUUCCCAGUUUACUGAUGGGCUGGACCAGGUUGGGAACUUUGCUAAAGCUAUUGCCAAGGCCCCUGAGGCUUUGGAAUGUCUGUCUGUAGCAGGCAAAUCAUCACGCUUGAUGUUUGGUGGACUGAGGAAACUUUAUGACAUAGAGUUCAGUCCAGCAGGAUCAAACAACCGAAGGAAAGAAGAUGAAGUUAUUUACUGCUUUGAAGCAAUGUGUGCCGACUGUGAAGCUAACAUUCUGGAAGUUACACUGAAUGAUUUGCUUGCAUUUUGGACGGGCGCGGCUGAAGUUCCUCCUUUAGGAUUUGACAAGAGAUUGAAAAUACGCUUUAAACACCAACUCCGAGUUGCACAUACAUGUGAGUUGGAAAUUCAUCUGUGGAGAGGAUAUUCUGAUCCUGAUAAUUUUAGGGAUGAUAUGGUUAAAGCCAUUCAAUGGGGUGGAGGAUUCUACCUAGCAUAAGGAGUAUGGUGUUAUUUUAUU